ACAGGGAAUAAUAUCAUCACAAUUCAUAAACCAAAUGCAUAUACUUUUUAGCUAGCUAAUAGAUAAAUCAAAACAGCUACUGGCUAGCUUCAAUGGCUAUAUCUUCUCUUGUCCUGGUAUUUCUUUUUCAAUUGUGCUUCACAUCUACUACUACUAGUCUUAAACACCCUUUGGACCCUUUAACACCCUCUGAAAUAACCCAAAUUAAACACAUAAUCCAUAAUUCUCACCUAGGAAAAUCUUCUUCUUCUUCUAACAUCUCUUUUCAUUAUGUUGAUCUCGAAGAACCAGAGAAAGCCGAUGUAAUUCAAUGGUUGUCAUCAACAAAACGCAGCGAGUUAUCUCUUCUUCCACGCAGAGCCAAGGUUGUGGUUCAAGCUCUGGACUUAAUCCAUGAAAUUAUUGUGGACUUAAGUGCUGGUUAUAUAGUAUCAGACCAAGUCUACACUGGAUAUGGAUAUCCCAGGUUCACAUUUGAAGAACUCUACCAAACUACUAAAUUGCCUGCAAAAUAUCCCAAAUUCAAGCUCUCAAUUCAAAAGAGAAGUUUGAAUUUGUCAGAUGUUUUCUGUCUGCCCCUCACUGCAGGGUGGUUUGGAGAACGUACAAAGAAAAGAAGCCUAAAAGUUGUAUGUUACUAUCAACAAGGAACCAACAACAUAUAUGCAAGACCCAUUGAGGGGAUUUCUAUGUUAGUUGAUGUAAAGUUGAUGCAAAUUACAGAAUAUUUGGACAGAUUCCGAGCUCCAGUGCCUAAAGCUCAAGGUACAAGUUUUCAUUCUUCACCUCAUAGAAACAAGUCGCAACAAAAGAAGCACGGAUUCGACAUAGAUGGCAGCAUUGUUCAGUGGGGAAACUGGUCUUUUCAUGUUGGUUUUAACUCAAGGGCAGGGCUCAUCAUCUCUACUGCGUCUAUAUACGACCAACAGAAAGGUAAAUCCCGCAGUGUUUUAUACAAGGGACAUGUAUCGGAGACGUUUGUCCCGUAUAUGGAUCCGACAACAGAAUGGUACUUUAGGACCUAUUUGGAUGUAGGAGAAUAUGGGUUUGGUCAAUCAGCUAACACACUGGAGCCAUUGGUUGACUGCCCCGCUAAUGCCAAAUAUUUAGAUGGUCACUUGGUUAGAGCAGAUGGUGAACCUUAUAAAGUUCCUGGAAUUAUAUGCAUUUUCGAAAGGUAUACUGGCGAUGUAUCUUGGCGACAUACUCAAAUUUCCAUGCCCGGAAGAGUUAUAAGAGAAGUUAGUGAAGAGGUUAAUUUGGUAGUUCGAAUCGUUUCAACUGUUGGGAAUUAUGAUUAUAUCCAGGACUGGGAAUUCAAAAGGACUGGUUCUAUAAAAGUUGGGGUGGGAUUAACAGGUAUUUUACAAAUGAAGGCUACGUCGUACACAAAUAUGGACCAGAUAACUGAAGACAUAUACGGAACCCUCGUUGCAGAAAACACCAUUGCCAUCAACCAUGACCACUUCAUAACAUACUACCUAGACUUGGACAUUGAUGGGGAAGAAAACUCUUUUGUCAAGUCAAAGAUGGAGAAAAUGAGAGUUCCAAAACAUAUGCAGUCCCCAAGGAAGAGUUACUGGACUGUCACUCGGGAAACAGCUGAAACUGAAGCAGAAGCUAGAAUUCGGCUCGGUAUGGAGCCCAUAGGAUUAUUAGUUGUAAAUCCUAAUAAGAAGACGAACAUGGGUAAUAUUGUGGGUUAUCGGUUAGUUCCCGGCUCGUCAGGUUCUUCACUUCUGUCAGAUGAUGAUUACCCCCAAAUUCGUGCAGCCUAUACCAAGUAUCAAGUUUGGGCAACUGCAUAUAACAAGUCAGAGAGAUGGGCAGGUGGACUUUUCACUGAUCAAAGCCAUGGUGAUGAUGGGUUAGCUGUUUGGAGUAGCAGGAACAGCACAAUCAAGAACAAGGAUAUCGUACUCUGGUACACAGUUGGUUUACAUCAUAUCCCUGACCAAGAAGAUUUCCCAGUGAUGCCGACAUUGCACAGUGGAUUUGAGCUCCAACCAGCAAACUUUUUUGAGUUCAAUCCUUUGUUGAAAAAUUAGAACCUGUUAAUUCUAAUAUGACCAGAGAUUGAUUAGUAGUGAAAAAUGUUACCUUUUCUUUUGGGUAAGCUUCCUAGGAGAUUUUAUUCAUCAAUGAGAAAAUAGAAAAGAACCAAGGAGGGUCAUAGUACCUUAACUUCAAGUAAGCUACGAAAAAAAGAGAAGAUGAAGCAAAACAAUUUUAAAAUGUAAUUGUGGAAAAGAUCAUCUAGUUCUAACAUUUCAGACUGCUUUGUUUGUAUGUCGAGACUCAACAUUGUAUAAUAUGAGAGCUAUUGUAAUCUUUUUUUUUUGUUUGUUUUAUAGCUUUUAUUAAGAAAGUCUAAAGACUGAAGUCUGAAAAAGAAAUUCAGGAUA